ACUAACAGUUUGCAUGCGAUUUGCGUCCCCAUAUUGCAUUUAUUUUGUUAUUUUAAAAAUUUGAAUGCAAAUUGCUUUCUUUUACUAUAAAUUCGUAAAUAAAAGAUAAUGUGUUGCUUUUUAUUAAGAUAAUAAGAGUGAUUUUGGUGGUGAUCAAUUAGUCACAAUGACCCCAGAGUUCACGGCUGCAGUUGCUUGCGCAUCGUGAUGUUACUCAAUUUGGCAUAAAAUUCCUAGCAUUCUAGUUUUUUAUUUUGUUUAGAUACUUUGGAAGCCUUUUUGAAGUGUGCCGGAUAUUAAUUGACGGGUCGAUGAAGCCCUGACUGUUGUGCGGUGGUUAUGAUGGAGGAAUUUGGGGCUUUCAGCCUGCGGGCGGCGUGGUGACAGUGCUGUGAUUUGUGAAUCGUAAAUAUGUAAAUAAACAUGAACGAUAUAAGCGUGAAAAUUGAGGAAUCUCUAAAGGAUCAGCCGGUAGUUGAAGAAACCCCGGCGGUCGAACAGAGUGGUGAAAAUGAAGUUGAUCCGUUGGCGAUAGACGAAGGCGAGGCGGUAUCGGGCAAAAGCCCGGAGACUGACGAAGCGCCGGUAGUGAAGACCGAGGAGGAGGAUAACGCGGGAAACUGUGAUGAAAAUGCCAAAGAAGUGAAUUUAGAAGAGAAAAAUGACGGUGACGAGACAUUGACAGAGAAUGCAGAGAAAGUUCAAGAUGAACCACUGAAAGAUGAUAAACUAGCCGAUACACCUGUAGCUGAAGACGAUAGUGAAAAACCCAAAACGGUUGUGGAUGAACCUCAGCCAAUCAUUGAAAGCAACCCAGAACCUGCAGAGGAAGCCCCUAAAUCUAUUGAAGUUCCUGUGGAUACGGAAGUUGUAUCAGACACAGUGACGGAGAUACCCAAAGCUGUUACCCCUAAACCAUUAUCCCCUCCAAAUCCCCCAAAAGAGCCUAGUCCCCCCAAGGAAGUACCAGUUAUAGAAUCCAAAGAAAGUGCACCACCUGAAAAAAAAGCCGCAGAUAUAGAGAUGAUUGAGGUGCCCCCACAUGUUCCGCCGGCUCCAUCCCCUGCACCUGCAGGGGGUAAAGAGAAGGAGAAGUCUACCCCUCCACCACCAAUUAAUGGAGAUGUUCAGUCUAAGGAGGAUCAAUCAUCAAAAAGACGCGCUAGUGAGGACAUAGAGACAGACUCGCCCCUGAAGAGGCUCUGUCAAGAAGUAGAAAAGACGUUUCCCCAACAUGACACCAUGAUCAAUGACUACAUUCAGACAGCUACGAAAAACAACAUUGAUGAAAUACAGAGGCAUACAGAGCAACUGCUAUCAGAGAUACAGACUUUAAGAGAACUAGCCCAGAAGAAAGAACACGAGUGGAAUAACAUUCUCCAUCUGAAAAAGGUCAAAGAAGAAAUCCUAUUAAGAUUAUUAAGACGGAAGCAAGUGCUCUCAUUUGAAAAAUCUGCUGAAAUAAAUGGAGCAGAGAGAACUGAUCCGUUUGACUAUCUGAAUCAAGCGAAAAACUUAGCUAUAGAUAAGAGUGACGAAAUCUCAGGGUUGUCACUAAAACAGCCUGGUUCAACUAUGAGCCCUAUGAUGCAAGGACCAGUGAUGCCGGUAAAUUCGCCUUUCAAUCCCAUGGCAGGGCUGCCUCCACCAUAUGAUAAAGCAGCUCAUAUGCAACCUAUGCCCAAACCUGUAUAUCCUCAGGCGAUGAUGAUGCCUGGACCUAUGCCUGGGAGCAUGCCAGGGUUUCCUAGAGACAUGAACGGCCAACUGCCAGGCAACUUUGGUAUGCCCAUGGGUCGGCAAGGGCCCACAAAAGAUGUGAAGUCCAUAAUAGCGGACUACAGGCAGAGAAACCCAGAUAUUACCCCAAGGAGGGGUAGGCGCAUGAAGUCUAUCCUAAACCCUAACAUGAUGAACCCACCAAGGCCUAUAGCACCCAAAAUGGACAACAUAAAUAGUAUGAACAAUAUGCUCUUCAAUAAUUUGGAUAUGAACCAAAAAGCAAUGUUGGAACGCCUGCAGCAGAUCCAAGCGGGUGGCCUGCUGAACGGAGUCUCGUUCAAGGACGUGCUGGUGCAGUAUGCCAACAUGCAACAGGGUCCCGGACUCAUGCCCGGUAGGCCUAUGGAAAUGAACAGGGCUGAACACCACAUCAGGCCCGAAGGCCGGCGGCGGCAAGAGAGGAAUCACGAAGAGCCGCACGCAAGUACCACGAAGCAAGCGGAAAGAAUGGCCUCCUCAAGCCCAAGGCUGCCCCCCCCACCGCCUUAUCCAGAAAUUUCUCUAUUGCCAGUCACAACCAGUCAGGAAACUGCCACUUCGCAAUCACAACAAAACUCUUUACUCCAUGGCAUACUCACCAAGCAGGCGUCCCCUGCGUCUCAGAGUUACUCGCCGACGUUGGCUAAACUGCUCACGUCGCCGGAACGGAAACAGACGCCGGCGUUGCCAACUUUCGGUCAGGCCAAGAAUUGCGGCGAGAUCACGAUAACACCAGUGCAGCCAAUCGUGCCGCCUGAACCGCAGCCGGAGAAGGCGGACGAAGUUGUGCAAUUGGACGAUGAAGAAAGCGCAGCGUCGUCACCGUCCGGCGCCGGUUCUCCGUCCGGGUCGGGGUCGGGCCGGCUGGUGAUAGACGAGGGCGGGGGCGGCGGGGGCGGCGGGGGCGCGGGGGCGGGCGCGGGCGCGGGCGGCGGGGAGGAGGCGGAGGAGGGGGGCGAGGCGCCGCUGUGCCAGGGCUGCCGGCGCCGGGACGCGCAGUUCGUGUGCGCCGGCUGCGCCAACCAGUGGUACUGCAGCAGGGACUGCCAGGUGGCAGCGUGGGACGAGCACUCGGAAAUGUGUUCGGGCUAAAGUAAGUGCUGUAGAACGUUCACAAAUCUGUGUAUGUGUAGUCUUGGCCUUAUGUUAGUGAAGAAUCUCCAGGUAGAGGCGCUGUUCCUAUAGGAGUGAUUUGAUUGGAGGGGCAUCGGUCAAAAUAUGGAUAAAAAUAUUCAGGAUUGAUUUUGAAAUGAUGUUGUUUACGUGGGAAAUUAAUUUUCAAUAAGUUACUGGUUUGUUUUUACUUUUUAUUACAUUAUUUAAAAAAAGUUUGCCCAAACUGCCUGCAAAUCCUCUAAAUUCCUUACGAAAUAUUUAAAUAUAAAUAAAAGAAACUCGUGUUAUUUUUAUUUCGUUACAAUAAUUUAUUUUUGACCAAUGCCUCUUGUGUAAUGUUCCAAAAAAUAUUGUUUCUUUUGCUGAUAUAUAUAUUUAGGGAAAGCUGUGUCAUAAUGCCUACUUAUUAUUUAUUAGUCUAUGAAGUUCAUAAUAUAUAUGAAACAAAAUGUAUUAACGAUAUGACAGCUACUUACUGCAUCUAUCGGAAAAAAAAUCGCAUGUUUACUGCAAAACGAGUUUAAAAGGAAACUAGGUCUUUCUUCUUUUUUGUUUUCACUUCAUUUUCGCUCGUGUUUUGGUUGAUUAUUAUUAUUAUUGGAUUUAUUAUAAUCGUCUUGUAUGUCAUGAUAAUUUCAUCAAGAAUAUAAUAAUUCACUAUUUUUACUUGAUAAAUAUUGAUAAACUAUUUCUCGGGAAAUCGAAUAUCAAAAAAAUCUAUGUCAGAACGAUAUCAUACAUUGAUGAGACGAUCUUAAAAUGAAUGUAUCAAAAUAUUAGUUCAAAAUGUAUCACAUUAUUGUUGACAUUUUAUCUUCAAGUCUGAAUUAAAUAUUCAUACAAAUUUGAAUAAAUUCCUGUGUGAAUAAAAUAUGUAUAAUUUGAAGUCGUUCCUAAAAUUUGCAAAUCGAAUGUUUAUACCGACGUAUGGUAUAUAUUUUUUUUAUUGACAUAACGUGCAUAAUAAUUACGUUUAUAUUACUGGUUGUGGUGAUAUCACUUGGGUUUAUAUUAUUCCUUACAAGACUGUGUAUAACUUUAAAACUCCUCUAUUAUUGUGAAAAAAAAUAAUAAAAAAGAACACUUGAUUUUAUAAAUCCAAGUUUUAUCAAUGUCUCAAACGUGUAAGUCUAAUGAUCUUUUCGUAGAACAACGAUUUUAUAAGUUGUUUUUUUUUUUUUGAACGAUUUGUAUCGUAAGCUAUUUUGUAGCACGGAAUAUGUUAAGACUACCACUAUAUUUAUGAGUGAGCUAUAAAUAUAUAUAUAUGUAUGUUAGUAUGAAAAUUCUGAAUCAUGCCUAUUUUUUUUACAAUUUAUUAAUUGAGCUAAAAAGAAAGAUUACAGAAAUGAAAUUGUUUUUUCUUUUUUCUCUUUAUAUUAUUAUCUCUUCUAUUAUCAUUUUCUCUUCUCUUUAAAUUAUCAUUUUUUUUUCAUAGUGUAAUUCGAAUAUAGCGUGCCUGAUGAGUGUAUUAUAAAUAUGCAAAACUAUUGUAUAAGUUAUUUAAUAAUAUACAAUAUAUUAUUUAGUUAUACGGAGAAAUAUCAUUUGAAAACUGUAAAUGUAUGGAAAUCAAAUUAUUUUGUAUACAGUUUAAGCAUCGCCGGAUCAUUAGGCACUGUAAUCAUACGAAUAUAAAGACAAAAUCAUAUUCACAAACAUUUCAUAUAAUUUAUUCAAUAACGUAAACAAUUAUUUGUUCUAUCGUUUUUUUACAGAACCCAUUUAGAAAUACUUUAAAAUCGUUUAAAAUAUACACUGUAUUUAGUUCUGUAUUUGAUCUCAUUCUCUAGCUUUACGUGAGAAAGAGACAAUCCACGAUGAAUUGAGCAGAAUCUAACUUCGAUGCCGGUGUGUUUUUUUACCAAAUAAAAGACAGUUUUUCCCCUGUUAAGCCUCUGUCUUGUCUGGGCCCUUUCUGCGUGCGGUGUCUGCGUCGAUCCAGCACUAAUUAACCACUAACUAACUUUGACGUUAAACUUAGCCUGCGCAGUAAAACGCAACGAUGGUCAUUUUGACCAAACGUCAGCGGCGCGCUGGUAAAGUCAACGUCAAAUUUGACAGGUGCAACUCACCCUUGGUAUGCAUUUUCACUUGUUUAAUGUAAUGCACUUAAAAUAGAUUUAUUAAUAAUAAAGACAAUGUUUGUGAAUGUGAUCGAAAGCAUUCUCUUGCGUAUCGCGCUAUCAUGUUGAAAUAUAUAAUUUAUUAUAAGAAAUGUUUACGUUAUCGGUAAGGUAAUUGAUAGAAGUGCCUGGUUACAGUUUUAAAAGACAGAUGGCGGUGGUGGCAACUUAUGUAGUUUAUGUAAAUUCAGUCCGUAAUGCGAGUUUUUGUAAGUAAACGUAUAAUGCAGGUUGUUAUGGAAAGCAACUCCGCCUGUUUGCUGCCAGAUGGCGCUGUUUUGAUCACACAGAAAUCCACGUAAGACAAAACUAAAGACGACGAUAUAGCGAUGCCGAAUGAUAUAUUAGAACAUUUCCAUACAACUUUCCGGCCUAUCUCGUACAUGAGGCAGAUCAAGCAUUGUAGAAACGGGGGACUGAUAAAAGGUAUUAGCGCUCUGUCCCGUUUCCUCUCGUGUAAUUCUAAUACGAAUCUCUCUAGUGUGAGCGAAACGAAAGAUAUUUAGUCUAUAAUUUUCUCUGUCUAUGGCGUUAUACGUUUACUUAUCAAAACCUAACAGUAAUGACUCAGCACUCAACUAAUUUCAACCUAAAAUCUUGGACCACAGACCAGUUCAGAUUAAAUUUAUCUAAAAAAAAAAACCCGGAGUACGGCAUGUCAAGAAAGUGAAGUAAAUAAAUGAGGCCUCUUUCUCAUGUUGGCUGGCAACACUGGGGAUAAUCAAUCAAUCUUGAUCAUUAUAUUUGGUAUUGCAAGAACAAAAAAAUAAUUAGUUAAAAAGUCAGUUUUCCUCUCAUUCUUGACAGUAAGUGCAAACUUGAAACAUGUCAAACAUGUAUAAGUUGCCAUCAUCAAAAAUAUAUAAUUAUUUUUACAAUACUAAUUGUAUAUAAAUAGAUGCAUUCUAAUUUUCUAACCACGCUGUGCCAAAAUAAAUGACCAUACAUACUUCUGACCACUUCGACGUUACUCCUUCCCAGCCAUUUGUAAUAAUAUACAAUAACUACACACAUAUGUGAACGUUGUGAUUUUCAAUAGUAUAACUAUUUUCGAAUUCCCUCAGUUUUUAUAUAUCAAUGAUCUUUACGAUCGUGGCCUGCGAGUUUUUAAAAUAUUGAUUUUCAAAGUUGUUAGAUUCAGGGUCAUUCACGAUUUCAAGAUAACAGCGUCAAGCUAAAUUAGAGUUUAAAAUGAACUAGAUGAAGCUCAAUUUCGUUUGAUGUUCUAAUUGUUAGAUUAUGACUGAAUGUUAGUGGAAACAUAGACAAUUAGUCUAUGUUUUCCGGUUAAGAGUACAUUUGAGAUGACGUCUUUUUGUAAGGGUUUCAUUCCAUUCAUAGGUUACGUAAGAAAAAUAUUUGUCAGACUUUCAGAAGUGGAAUACAUACAGAAUUCAAACAUUUUAAUGAUCUCGUAGGCCAUUUUUUCCCAAAAAACAAGCCCAACAGUGGACUACCACGUGACAGUUCCAGUCGCAAACUACUGCAACGCUAGUCACGACUUUUGUUACCUAUAUAACUGUUUAUGUAUAAUGUAACUUAUAUGAUGUUAUAUAAGAAUGUAUUAAAGCAGUACUGUCUUUGA